AUGGACGCCUACGACACCUAUGCACGGUCUCCUCCGCCUUCACGUGGAUCAGGCAGAGAGCGCGACGACUACCGCUCGGCAGAUCCAUAUCGAGACAGGAGACGCUCACCAGACCGCCGCCGAGAGCGAGGGGACAGGAGACGCUCCCGCUCGCCCACCCAGAUCGACCGCUACCAGCCUGAUCGCUCUGGACGUGACGACCACUACCGAGAGCGGCGAGAUGACCAGCCUCCGCGUGACCGCCGCCGCUCCUCCCCACAGCCGCCGACCAUCGAUCGCUAUGUGCCUGGACAGGACACGCAAACACCACAAUCUAUGCUCGUGAACCCAAUGCCGGAUCCGAUGAAGUUGGACUUUCAGGUCGGCUUCACAUGGUUCGCUGAAUGGUGGAGGACAGAGCAACGCAUCAAGGACGAGAAGGAGAGGCAACGCUCCGGCAAGCCUGGCUCACGGCUGCGAGGAGAGCGGGAGAGCAGAGAAGAUAGAGAGGCAGAGCGCCCAAAGAUCCAGGCUGGAUACGACGCGUACAAGGAGAACUUGCAGAAACUCCAAGCACAGACGUUCGUUCGCAUGCACAAGGCCGAAGACUGGUUUCGGGAACGAUAUGUGCCCGAGGUCAAGGAGCCGUUCAGGCGGAGCCUCAUGGACUAUCGAAAGACUCUCUUCACGAGGUGGCAAACGGAGCUCGAAGCUGGUGGGUUUGAUGACUUCACGCUCGAGGGUAUCUACAAAUCCGAGUCCAACGGGCUGGGUGGCAUACUCGAGAAGGAGGAAGGCGAGACCACUGCAGCUGCGGAGGUACUUGGUGUCGGCGACCUGCUACCGUCAAAGGGUGGAGACUUGAGAGAUACAAUGGCGCAGCAGCCAACGCUAUUGAUCAAGACUAUCGCACCCACUGUCACCCGGGAAAGGUUUGUGGAGUUUGCGAAGGAGCAUCUCAGUGAAGGUCCUGGAGGCUACAUGCAUUUGAGUCUUAGCGAUCCGAAUCCACUCAAAAAAUGCCAUCGCAUGGGCUGGAUCAUGCUCAACUCUGACUCCGAACAAGCGAUGGACACAGACGAGAAGACUGAGCCGGCUGCUGAUGCCGGUGCUGAUGUCAAGGAAGAAGAUGCUAAUGGAGAACGCAACGGAGAAGUGGCAACAACAUUCAAAGCUAAGAACACCGCAGAGCGAGCACUUGAGAAGAUUAACGCGAAGACGAUAGAAGACCCUGAGCGAGGCAACUUUACAGUGCAUUGUGGAGUCCACAGGCCACCGGACGCGCCAAGGAAGAAAGCCUUGUGGGAUCUAUUUUCGGCUCCAGAGCGCAUAGCUCGUGAUCUGGAUCUCGCCACUCGACUGGCCAGGAAAUUGGACAACGAGCUCGGCGACGAGUUUUUCGGCGCUGCCAAGAUCGAAGAGCGUGUUAUGAACCUCGCUGAUCAAGGCUACCUUCAGCCACCUGCGGUCGAAGCCAAGCCGAAAGCGGAGGCUGACAUGGACGUUGAUGCAGGUGAAAUUGAAGAAGAAGGCCUGAUCGCGGACGACGAAGAUGAGACAGAUGACGCUGAGCUCCUGCAGAAGAAGAAGAAGCUUGACUUACUCGUCGAGUAUCUGCGUCGUGUUUACAACCUCUGCUUCUUCUGUGUCUUCGAGUCGGACUCGAUCCAUGAGCUGCAACGCAAAUGUCCUGGCGGCCAUCUCAGACGACCACGUGCCUCGCUCACAUCAACCGCGAAGGAGGUUGCGCAUGCAUCAGCAUCUGGCGAGGAGUUCCCGCUGAGGAAGAAUGGAUCGUUGAAGAAUUCGACCGAUAACAGCAGAGGCGAGGGCGAUGAUGCGGACAUGGACAUCGAAAAUGGUAGCCCUGUUGAGGAGAAGAAGGCUUGGGCCAUGAAACCUAAUGCUCGCAAUGCGCAGCAAUUGCAGAGAGCUUUCAAUUGGGUGAAGACAUUCGAAGAGAAGAUCCUGCAGUGGCUUGAGCCUGAGAAUGUUGCUCUGCGCAAGCUGGGUGGUACCCCGUUAGAGGAGGGUUUGGAGGAGGAGCUGAUCAAGUUCGUCAAGCAAGAAGACGCCUCAAAGUAUCGCUGCAAGGUACCCGAAUGCACGAAGCUAUUCAAAGGCACUGACUUCUGGCGCAAACACGUCGAGAAACGCCACGCUGAAUUCUAUGAACGAGUCCGCUCCGAAGUGCAGCUGGUCAAUACUUAUGUCAUUGAUCCAGCACACAUCGCACCUAGCAGGAGUGAUGCAAAUAGCAACGGCCACUUCCCGCUGAACAACCACAUCCCGACGGGUACACCACGAGGCUUCCAGCUCAGCCAACAGCAAUUCGCGAUGACCGGUGGUUUCGGCAUGGCACCUGGCAUGCCUGCGCCAAUGGCUCAGGGCAUGUGGACACCAGGUGGCAGCGUCUCCAUGCCCGCUGGUUGGGUGCCCCAGAAUGGCGCUUUCGUCCACGGAGGUGUGGGUCCUAUGCGCAGCAUGGGUGGUCGCAACACCUACACCGGCCUAAAUGUUGGCUUCACCGCCGUUCCCGGCAAGAUGGGUGGGUUGAUGCCUUACGCUCGCAACGACCCACGAGGUCAACGGAUCGGUGCUGGAGUCCCGCCGAUGGGUGGUAGGGCCAUGGCUAUGGCUGGCUUUGGCACGGCGAUGGAGGGAGGUCUUCCUGGGUCUAUUGGGCCGCAGGAAGCUGUUGCUGGACGGUCUAUAAGGAGUUAUGAGGAUUUGGAUGCUGACAAGGGAAAGGUUACUACCGAGCUUGACUACUAG